AGAAUAAUUAAAAUCAGAUAAAGCUUGUGAAUUGUUUUGCGAAAGAGAACUUUAAUAAUAAGAUAGUCGUAUGUUUUAUAUGGUGGUGGUGUUUUGUUGAUGUUGAUGUUGCUGUUGUUGUUGGAGUAAUGUGUGUGCGCUUCGUUUUAGAAGGCUUUUUUUUCUCUCCUACGUUUUGUGGAUUUUAUUUUUGUCAAUGCAGGUGCCCCUCAUAUAUACAAUAAUGAAAUAUGAUUGAAAUGUUUUUUAUUUGUUCUUUAUGAUAGCAAUUACAUAUUUCUAGAUCAACAAAGUUUACUCCUAAUUCGAACUAGAAUACAAUCAAAGCAAGACUUUUAUAAACCCUUAUUAUAUAACACAUGCACAGGUACACGUCGCAGAAAUGGUGUUAAGGUGUACAGCUCUGUUGAUGUAAACCAAACAAACACUGGCCACCUGUGUGGUUCAGCAACGUUAGACAGUCCAGAUGUGACGUGGAUGACAUGUGACGACACAGCUAGAUACAUCACACUCUACCGAGGUAUAUAUGAGAACACGGUGAUGGAUUUCUGUGAAGUCCAAGUGUUUGUAUGUGCUACUGGAACGUUCGGUGAUGACUGUACCUCGUUCUGUCACUGUCUGAAUGGAUCGUGUAACUACGUAACUGGAGAAUGUACUGGAGGAUGUCAACAAAACUGGACAGGACAGACGUGCAGUGAGUGUGAUUCUGAUCACUAUGGUCCUCUGUGUGAAAAACCUUGUUCCAGCAGAAACUGUGAUGAAUCACGUGGUAAAUCAUCGUGUAACAAAACGACUGGACGAUGUGAUAAUGGAUGUACAGCAGGAUGGAAGGAACUAGAUUGUACAAAGGAAUGUCGAGACAACACGUUCGGAUCUAACUGCUUGUUCAGCUGUAAUAAACGUCACUGUAAGGGAGACAACUCAAGCUGUGAUGUUCAACAUGGGGUUUGUCAAGAUGGCUGUCAGCCAGGUUGGACGAAUGCAAAUUGCAUUAAGAAAUGUGACGAGAGUUCAUAUGGUCCAGGUUGUGUAUUUAAAUGUAACAAGAGACAUUGUCUGAAUAAACCAGCGAGCUGUAAUCAUGUUGACGGGUCUUGUGGAGGAGAGUGUGAGAAUAAAUACAGAGGAACCGACUGUACAG